GGGGCAAAAAACCAUUUCAUUAAAGCUGGAGUGUCAAAGACAAUACAGAAGUGGCAAGCAAGGAUUAACUGAGAAAGAGAACAAUAGUCAAUUUACCUCGCGUUUAGCCUAAUUACUAAUUCCAUUCCACUUGUUUCAAAUCUAUUAUUACACAUAUCCAUAUCUUUAUCGUUAUCCAUUAUUCAAAGAUCUGUUGGAACGUAUAGAGGUAUUCUCAAAGCAACUGUCAAAUAUUCAAAAACUACAACAUCAUAAUUGGGUCCAAUUCAUUAUUAUAGACACAUUUUUUCAAGAGAUUCAACCCUUUAACAAAUCAAAACAUUCACAAAUCAUUCAACAUGUCAGAUUAUCUCACCUUUUCUGCUACUCCUUCUGGCAAAGCUGAAGGUAAGACACAUAUCAUUAUAGUUGGUGCUGGUAUCAUUGGUGUUUGUACCGCAUAUUAUUUGACAAAACAUCCAGAUUUCUCACCAGAAACCCAUCAUAUCACAAUAAUUGAAUCCAAGAGAGUCGCGGGUGGUGCUUCUGGUAAAGCUGGUGGAUUAUUAGCACUUUGGGCUUUCCCUCAACAAAUUGUUCCAUUAAGUUUCAAAUUACAUGAAGAAUUAGCAAAAGAAUACAAUGGUGAAGAUGAAUGGGGCUAUAGAAGAUUAACUACAGUUUCAUUAGAAGGUAAUAUUCAAAACUUGUUGAAUACAGAUGAUGAUUCAAGUUCCAGUCUUGACGAUCCUAAGAAAGAUACCCAACACGAGAUCAAAACUUCUUCACCUCCACCAAAGACUGAAUCUUCAGAAGAUGAUGAUUCUACAACUACAAAAUCAACUAGUGUAGAAUCUCUAGAUCUGAAAAAUCCACCACCAAAGAAAAGAACAGUGACUAAAAAUUCAAUCAAAAAUGAACAUGAUUCAUCUUCAACAACAGAUUUACCAAAAGAUUUGAAUUGGAUUAGAUCAGAAGUGAUACAAGACUGGUCAGUCUUGGGUGGUAGAGACUCAACAGCUCAAGUGCAUCCAUACAAGUUCACAAAUUAUAUUUUGAAAAAAGCCAUGGAGACAGGCGCAGUUGAUUUAAUUUUGGGGAAAGUUGAUGAAAUUCAAUUCAGUGAAGAAACUGGUUCUGCCACUGGUAUAACAUAUAUUCCAACAAAGACUUUGGGUAAACCAAAUGAACAACAUGUUUCUUUGAAAGGUGACCAAAUAGUAUUAACUAUGGGACCAUGGACUUCUAAAAUUUUACCAGAUUGUCCAAUUUCAGGUCUUCGUGCUCAUUCAAUCACUAUUGCUCCUCAUAAUGGUACUGUUUCUCCAUACGCCAUUUUCACUGAAUUGAAAAUCGGAAGAGCAAAAUAUGUUUCACCAGAAAUGUAUGCACGUAAAGAUGAAGUUUAUGUAUGUGGUGAGGGCGAUACAUUAGUUGAUGUUCCAGAAACAACAGAUGAUGUUGAAGUUAUUAAAGAAAAAUGUGAUCAAUUAUUCCACUAUGUUGGUAAAUUAAGUCCAAAUUUAUCAAAAGGUCAUAUCUUAAAAAGACAAGCUUGUUAUUUACCAGUUUUAGAUGUUCCUUCAAGUUCAGGUCCUCUUAUUGGUGAAACUAAUGUUGAAAACUUGUAUUUGGCUUCGGGUCAUUCAUGUUGGGGGAUUAAUAAUGCACCAGGUACCGGUAAAAUAAUGGCUGAGUUGUUGUUGGAAGGUGAAUCACACAGUGCAGAUAUCAGUGCUUUAGAUCCAAGUCUAUAUUUUGAUGCUAGUGUGCUUGUUGGUGAAUAA